AUGUUGGGUGAUACUGCUAUUCAACCUCCCAUGUUAGACGACCCCCCCACUCAGUUUUUACAACCACCAUUUCAACAACUUACAUUAUCAUCUCCAUCACCAAAGGAACAACUCACACAACCUCAACCCCAUCAUGAAUCAUCUAAUUCACACUCACCACGUCUUCAGAAACAGAGACAACAACAUCAUCUUCAACAACAACAACAACAACAACAGCCACCACAAGAACACUUUCAAUAUCAAAAACAAAGAUCUCAACCUAAACUUAAUCUGCAACAACAAUAUAUCCUUCAACAAACUCAACAACAAAAACAACAGCAACAACAGAAACAAUUGAAACUUAAGGAAUAUGAAAUCAUAUGUGCUUUCUUAACUCAAGUGUUGAAUCUUGAUGAUCCUAAAGCUAUAUUAGGAACUAUCACCACCAGAUCCACCACUACUCAUUUACUUCCAAAUAUUCAAUUUCCAAAUGAUACUUGGUUAAUUGAAGAUAUAGUUAUCAAAGAUAGUAAGAUCAAAACUACUUUAUUACAAGAAAUCAAUAGUAUGUUUGAACAACAAUUAAUUAAAACCAAUUCUCAACAUAGUCAUCAUAAUAGUAAUGUUAAUAUCGAUACGCAAAUUAAUUAUUAUGAAAAAUUAUUAAUUGCUUAUAAAGUUUAUAAUGUUCCAGGAAAGAGUAAUGAUAAUUAUGUUCCACCCAUGUUAAGUCUUAAUGAAUCUGAUGAAAAUUAUGAAGAUCAAGAAUCAUUUCCUUCACCAAAUUUAGAUGAUUCAGAUGUUCUGAGUAGAAAAUCAGGUAAAAAGAGAUUCUCCAUGUUUACAAGUCAUAAUAAUAAUAAUAAUAAUAAUAAUAAUAAAACCAAUGAAAAUGAUAAUGCUACUAUAAUUUCAUCCACCACUGCCGAUGUAAAUUCAUCCUUAUCAUCAAAUACUACUCUUAAACAUAAUUCAAAUGGAGAAAUCUUAAAUUCAAUCUUAUCAAAAUCAAAAAUUUAUAAUAAAUUAAAAAAACGUGAUUCUUCAUCAUCAUCUAAUAAUUCCAUACUUUCAUCCUCCACAAAUGGAAAUGGUAAUAUCGGAGCUCCAACCACUCCAACCCUUCCUAAUGGUCCUAUAAUCUCCACUCCUAAUAAUUCAAACUAUACUCAUUCUAAUAAUAGAAAUAGUGUGAGUAGUACCAUGACUGCAUCCACCAUGAGUUCUACACCAAGAUCAUCUACCAUUAGCAAUCGUCGUAGAAUCAGUUCCACUUCCGAUUUAAAUGAAGCAAGAUCAUAUCCAAAUCCUCCUAGUAUCAAUACUAAUAAUAAUAACAAUGGUCAAGCAAACUCACCAUAUUCUAAUGUUCCAUUAACUUUCCAACAAAGAAUUGAUAAUAAAAAGGAAAAAUAUGAAUAUUAUGUUCAUUUAAUUCGAUUAUAUACCAUCAGUCAAAGAUUAAUGAAACAACUUCAACAAGGUACAAAUGAAAUUGAUCAACUUAAAUGGACGAAAUAUUUGGAUUUCAUUAAGAAUAAAUUAUUCAAAUUCAUCAUUAUUGAUGUAUUGAAAUUAGUAUUGGAUUAUGGGUAUAUGAAUAGUAAAGGUUUAAUCAAGAGGCUGCAAUAA